UACUUAUUAGCGCAUACACCCUUCACUUACUACACUUUUUACAGACCAUGAGCUUGUUAAGCUGGUAAACCAUUGCGUCAGAAUGAUCGGACUACUUGCAUCUAGAAGACUCGUUAACCCGUGUAUUGCUUUCCUCCAUCCCACACAAUGUUUUCAGCGAGGUUACGCGCUUUCUCGGUUUCCCGAGCGAAGAACCGGUUUUGGGAGGAGUUCAGGACGCAAACCAACUCAGGGAACCGUGACAUCUGCUCAGGAUGCUGACCAACAGGCGUAUAAGUCACGAUUUACAUUAGAGGAACAGCCCUCUGCGCAUGAUUCGCAACUCUGGGGCUCGAGUCAGAGGACGCCCUCCAGUAACCCGGAGGAGGGUUUGAAGCAUCUGUUACUCAAUAAUAAUACAUUGGUCAUAACAAGACAGCUUGAAAUGCUCAACAUAUUCAUGGGGUUCGAGCAGUCAAACCGAUAUACCAUUACAAACGAAGCUGGUGAAUUGCUUGGCUACAUCGCUGAAGAGCCUCGAGGCAUCCUGUCGAUAUUUAGCAGACAAAUAUUCCGCACACAUCGUCCCUUUCGUGCUUUAGUUAUGGACCUUCACGGGUCACCUAUUCUCUGGAUUCGCCGGCCAUUUGCGUGGAUAAAUUCGCGCAUGUUUGUUCAACGGUUGAAAGACCUCCACGAAUAUACACCGGAAGGAGAACCCGUUCUAGACACGUUCGCUGAAGUCCAACAGGAGUGGCAUCUUUGGCGAAGACGCUAUCAUCUCUUUCUUCGUGACCAGCCAAGGCGUAUUCUUUCCACCACAUCUGAGCCGCAGCCCGAGCCUCGGAUAGAUUCAUUUACCCAAUUUGCAAAGAUUGAUGAGGGGCUCUGGGCCUGGCAUUUUAACAUGCUCGAUGUGUGUGCCACGCCCAUUGCGACCGUCAACAGGGCGUUCCGCGGGUUUGGAAGGGAGAUUUUUACUGAUACAGGACAAUAUAUCGUGACCUUUGACGCCACACACCCGGACCUAUCCGAUACAACGCCACAGCAGCCCACGGUGAUCAGGAAUCUCACUCUUGACGAGCGCGCGCUAGUGCUUGCGGCGGCAGUAAACAUCGAUUACGAUUACUUCUCAAGACAUUCAGGGAGUCACGGAUUUGGGUUCCCCAUCUGGUGGAGCCCAGGGGAAUGAUGAUACUCGUGGAGUACUGCUCUAUCGGACGACGCUGGCAGAGUACAACAAGUAUAUUAGUGCAGAAAUGAUGCGAGACAGCUACAAAGUGACUAGGAUGACAACAUGCAAAAACUAAGAAUGUCAGUAACUCUCCCCAACUUCACACAAGGUUUCCAAGAACAACUUCAGAUCGUCCUGAUCAAUCUCGAGCACGCUGGCAUCAAAGGUACUGUGGCGUGACCGUGCAUUGCAGCGUUGCUUUGCUUCAAUGAAUGCUAGACCAAACUCGCUGAAGUGAGGUGAACCAUGCACGUCAAUACUAACAAGAAGACACGAACGUCCGACUUACUUUCUCCUGACAUCCCCAAAGUC